AUGGAAACAUGUGCCGGUGCCCCCGCUGCGGUGAGGCCGCUGGGCGUUGCAGUGGCAAUGCAGACAGAAGGCAGCUGGCUGUAUGAGCAGUUCUGCCGGAAGGCAGCGCUGUCAGAAGAGCUCAGCCGCUUAGAUAUCCUGUGUGACUUGGAGUUCAAAGAAGAUUUUGUGAAGCUGUUCAGGAAGUCACUGUGCACGCUCCCCUCUGUUGGGCUCCCUGCUCUGCUGGCCUACAGACCACAGUCGUCCCGAGAAAACAUACAGAUUGAGAUGGGGGAGGACUAUAUUCCAAAGUGCGAAUACUGUGGUAACCUGCUGAAACUGUUUCCUUCCUUUGAAACUGUGUGCCUGCCGUCGGCGGACUAUAAAUCGAAAUUCUGCUGCGAGCGGUACCAGGAGCUCUACGAGUUCAUCCUCGAGGAGAGGAGGCGCCGCGAAGCCGCCUGGAGCAACCCCAUUGCUAUCGGCCCCCACGAGUCCCACGGCAACGAGACGGAGCGGCGCCUGGCGAAGGAGCGCGCCUACCAGAGGCAGCAGGAGAGACAAAUGGCCAAACAGUUAGCUUUCCUGGCAACGGAGCCUGCAAGUUUACCUGAAUCGUCCCCUCUCCGCCCGCAGCUGCUGAAGGGCGAGUUCCUGGAAAAGCACUACAGGCACGGAGGGAAGUUCCUCACCAUACUGCCAGACGGGACAGCGCAGCUCUUCUGCCCCGCCAAGCGAAGCGGUUGUGGAGCCCUUAUCCAGCGCGGCUAUCCAUCGGGAAACCUGGCGGCCGUGGUGGCGCGCGCCGCGGAGCGCUUCGUCUGCGUGGUGCGCGAGGACGCGGCCAGCACCGCCGCCGGACCGGCCGGGAAGGGUUUCCCAGGAGCUGAACACGCCUGGGAGGUGCUGGGCUGUCUCAGCCACUGCAUCGAGCUCGUGGGGAUACACAUGAAUAUUCAUGGCGGGCAGUACUUGGACCAGGCAGGCAACAGGGUGAGAACGUGGACGUGGCCGAACGCCAGAGCGUCGCCAGGGCCGCCCGUCCCGCUGAGUCCCAUCUUCAUCUCCCUGAACCGGCACGUGGGAGUCCGCAUCCUGGGCCAGGACAAGAUCGCAGUUUCCUUCCUCGCCAUGGGGCAACAAGCCAAAUUCAACGUGGGAACGAGAGUCGAGGUACUGCUCAGAAGCNNCCCGCUGCCUCCACGCGCCCCGCUUGCGGAGGAGCAGCUCCUGCUGCUCGCCUUCAGGAUAAGGAUCCGGCAGCUCUUCGACAAGCUGCGCGGAUGCUUAACCUUUCCUUCUAACGAGCAGUGGGACAAAAUCAGCCCUCCAGCCUACCUCAGCAGCCAGGCUUUGAAGAUCACAGAGCUCUGCAAGACCUCGGACGUAAGGGAAGAGGUUCACAGCUUGGUGAGGGCUAUAAUAAACCCGCGGGUCUGA